CGAUUGGCGCACGUGAUCCGCGUGAACCGCUUUGAGGUUCCCAUCUCCUCCUUCAAUCAGAAGAUCUGGCUGCGCUCGAGCCCCUGUGACGUAACAGCUAGCAGACUACGGUGCGCCGUUUGUGACCAAGAGCAGAACGCGCGAAGUGAGAGAAUACGAGCGACAUUUCAGAAAGGUCCAUGGAUCCCUCACAUGGAGCCUAGUGAUUCUUGCAUGUGAACCGACAGCAACAUGGACAAUCCCAAACGCAAGUUAAGAUCUGGAAAGGAGGUUUUGAAGGACAAGGGCCAAUCUAAGGAAAAGCCCAAUGAUACGGGCUCAGGAGAUGCUUCAUCAGCACAUAAAGCGUCUGAGGAUUCUGGACAUGCUGUAGAGGAAAGUGAGCGUGAGGACCGGUCUGAAGAACAUGGCUCUCCACAAACAUCCGAGGCUUUGGUUUGUUCACUUUGCAACUUUGUUGCAAAAACUCAAACUGCACUGAAAAUUCACUCGACGAGGAAACACUCUCAUAAAGGAGGCGUACCGAACGACACAGGGUUGAGUUCUUCGCAAAACACACCCCGGGUACAAGAAAGUGAUGCUUGUGCACCUCUGUCAGAGGAGGACACACAGACCGAGAGCGAACACACACACAAGGCUGACGGAAGAGCCAGUCCCACUCAGAUCCUGCUGGAAAUAGUUGAGCCCAUCUCAUGUGGAUCAGUGAAGGACGAGGAAGACACAAACCAGACCUGUACAGAUGGCCCGGAUACACAAGCAGGCUGCAGUUUGGAUUCGGACACUAAAGUGAAAAGCAAUAAAAAUGGUGGAAUUGAUGGACAUUCAAAGCCUAAUACUUGUGUAGAGGAAUUCACAGAUGCACACAGUGCAGAAAAGCAUAUUAAAAGGCAACGUAACAGCAAGUCGGAUCAUGAGAAGCACAAACGGAAGAUGUUGGAGAACCAGGAUUCAUUAGAGACAGAGAAGACUGAAGGCCGGUCACAGACACAGGAAUCUCGGACUGAAGGCCGGUCACACCAUCAGUGCGGCCGAUGCGACUUCACAGCCAACAGCUCCGUCAUGUUAGCGCAGCACAUUAAGACGGCCCACCCGCCGGAGCACCGCUUCCACUGCCGGCUCUGCCAUUACUACACCAGCACCACUGAGGCCAUGCAGAGCCACCUGUGCGAGGAAGCCCACCUGCAGCUGGCCGACCAGAACCACACCAGCGCUCUGUUCGAAGACUGUGUGGAGAAGAUCCUGGUGAUCCUGUCCGAUCAAAGAGAGCCUGAAGAUCAGGAGGAGGAACAGCUGAGGAAAGACUCUCCUCACAAACGCAAGCGCGGUAGACCGAAGACGUCCAGCGAGACCGUCUGUAGACACUGUGGACUCGUCGCGUCCAACGCCACCAACCUCAGCGUCCACAUCCGCCGCAGGCACAGCCGGCUCUACAGCUUCGUCUGCAAGCUCUGCAGCUACUACUGCGUUACCAAAGGAGACAUGGACCGCCACUGCGAGACCAAGAAGCACCUCAACAAGAUGCAAGCCGCCGGAGGAGACGACAGCGGUGUAGUUCUGCUGGACUCCGAGCAGCCUGCUCAAGCUAAGACAACAGAGCUAGCACACACAGUAGCAGAGAUCGAGAUGACGAUUGAGGACGAUGACGUGGAUGAGGCCAGUGUGCCGCGCAAGAGAAGCAAGCCUGAUCUGGGUAACGUCUGUGCUCAGUGUGGCUUCCCCGCUCACUCCGCAACGUCUCUUGCUCUCCACGUGCGACGCAAGCACACCAAAGACUUCGAGUUCGUGUGUCUGGCGUGCAGCUACUACACCGUGACACGCAGAGAGAUGUUCAGGCACAUGGCCACUGAGAAACACAAGCAGAAGCGAGAGAGUUACCUGAAGAGACCGAAGCGAAGCUCCAAGCCAGAGACUGUCGGCGGAUCGGAGGAGGACACGACUGAAGAUGCAGAGCCUUCGAUAGAGACGCCUGAGGAUCAGGAUGGAGAAAAACAAUCUGCUGUGAAGAAUACGGCCAAAGACAAGGAAGAAUACCCAACUGAUCCAACGGAAGAAUCCCCAACUAAUCCAAUGGAAGAAUCCCCAACUGAUCCAAUGGAAGAAUCCCCAACUGAUCCAACGGAAGAAUCCCCAAUUAAUCCAACGGUAGAAUCCCCAACUGAUCCAACGGAAGAAUCCCCAAUUAAUCCAACGGUAGAAUCCCCAACUAAUCCAAUGGAAGAAUCCCCAACUGAUCCAAUGGAAGAAUCCCCAACUGAUCCAACGGAAGAAUCCCCAAUUAAUCCAACGGAAGAAUCCCCAACUGACCCAACGGAAGAAUCCCCAACUGACCCAACGGAAGAAUCCCCAACUGACCCAACGGAAGAAUCCCCAACUGACCCAACGGAAGAAUCCCCAACUAAUCCAAUGGAGGAAUCCCCAACUGAUCCAACGGAAGAAUCCCCAACUGACCCAACGGAAGAAUCCCCAACUAAUCCAAUGGAGGAAUCCCCAACUGAUCCAACGGUAGAAUCCCCAACUGAUCCAACGGAAGAAUCCCCAAUUAAUCCAACGGAAGAAUCCCCAACUGACCCAACGGAAGAAUCCCCAACUGACCCAACGGAAGAAUCCCCAACUGACCCAACGGUAGAAUCCCCAACUGACCCAACGGAAGAAUCCCCAACUGACCCAACGGAAGAAUCCCCAACUGACCCAACGGAAGAAUCCCCAACUAAUCCAACGGAAGAAUCCCCAAUUGAUCCAACGAAAUCAAACGAGACCCAGUCAAAGACGAUUGAGAAAGACUCAAUGCUGGAGGAUAUGGAUGAGGAAAACAUGUUUUAUGAGGAUGAAACUGCAGACUUAGGAGAUGACAGUGAGAAACACCUUAGAGGAGCACAGUUUGACGCUUGCAUUUUCCCUUUAAAAACACUAACAGAGCACAAGAUCCCACAUGACGGAAAACAAACGACAGGCGCUUCCGUGAGGAAGCCGAAAACUCCCGAGACGAAGCCGGCCAAACCGACUCCCCGCAUCCGCUGUGAGGACUGUGGGUUUCUAGCCGAUGGCUUGAGCGGCCUGAACGUCCACAUCUCCAUGAAGCAUCCGUCCAAGGAGAAGCACUUCCACUGCCUGCUGUGUGGGAAGUCGUUCUACAGCGAGAGUAACCUGCAGCAGCACCUGAGCAGCGCGGCUCACCUGCGCAACGAGCACGGCAGCGUGGAGGACCUGCCCGACGGGGGCGCCAGCUUCAGGUGUGUGCGCUGCAGCGAGCCCUGCCACACCGAGCAGGACCUGUUCCUGCACAUCAAGGAGAAGCACGAGGAGCUGCUCAGGGAGGUCAACAAGUAUGUGGUGGAGGACACGGAGCAGAUCAACCGGGAGCGGCAGGAGAACCAGGGCAGCGUCUGCAAGUACUGCGGGAAAGUGUGCAAGAGCAGCAACUCCAUGGCCUUCCUUGCCCACAUCCGCACUCACACAGGAUCCAAACCGUUCAUGUGCAAGAUCUGUAACUUUGCCACCGCUCAGCUCGGAGACGCACGCAACCACGUCAAGAGACACCUGGGCAUGAGAGAGUACAAGUGCCACAUCUGUGGAUGGGCCUUUGUGAUGAAGAAGCACCUGAACACUCAUCUACUGGGAAAGCAUGGACUGGGUCAACCUAAAGAGAGAAAGUUUGAGUGUGAUCUGUGUGAGCGCAACUUCAGUGAGAAAUGGGCUCUGAAUAACCAUAUGAAGCUGCACACCGGAGACAAACCCUUCAAGUGCGGCUGGCCCUCGUGCCACUACGCCUUCCUCACCCUCUCUGCCAUGAAGGACCAUCACCGGACACACACAGGAGAGAAGUCUUUCCUCUGUGAUCUCUGUGGGUUUGCUGGAGGAACUCGUCACGCUCUGACCAAACACCGGCGCCAGCACACAGGUGAGCGGCCCUUCAAGUGUCAGCUGUGCAGCUUCGCCUCCACCACACAGUCUCACCUGACGCGGCACAAGCGUGUGCACACGGGCGAGAAGCCCUACCGCUGCCCCUGGUGCGACUACAGAUCGAACUGCGCAGAGAACAUCCGUAAGCACAUCCUGCACACAGGCAAGCAUGAGGGAGUGAAGAUGUACAACUGUCCCAAGUGCAGCUACGCCACCAACGGCCCCAUGGACUUCAGGAACCACCUGAAGGAGACGCACCCGGACCUGGAGAACCCAGACCUGGCUUACCUGCACGCAGGAAUCGUGUCGAAGUCGUUCGAGUGCCGUCUGAAGGGUCAGGGUGCGUCGUUCGUGCAGGCGGAGGCGGCGUUCGCCCCGGAUGAGCCUGAGCUGGGGUCCGAGGCGCUUCAGCAGGUCAUCAUCAUCCAGGGCUACGGCGGGGGAGAGGUGGCCAUCGAUCAGGCCCUGGAGGAGUCGGCCGCCGCCACGCUACAGACCCUGGCCAUGUCCAGCCAGCUGGCGGAGGUGCUGCACCUCACUGAGGACGGGCAGCUGAUCGCCUCCCGGGACCAGACCCGAUACGUGCUGGUGGAGUCGUCCGGAGAGGCUCGAGGGCAGGAGGAGGCGGAGCGCGGGGUGUGUGAGUCCUCCUCGGCUCUGGACGCGCUGCUCUGCGCUGUGACGGAGAUGGGCCAGCAGGGCGGUGCUACAGAGAUCACCUCCGAUCAGAAGAGCGACGCUCAGACGCCUCUUGCUCAGGUGUACGAGGAGACGCCGGAUCAGGUGAUGGGCUCGGCCAAUCAGCACACGUCUGAGCAGAUGCAGGAGGUGCUGCAGUUCGCAGCCAGUCAGCUGAUGAUGAAGGAGGGGCUUACGCAGGUGAUUGUCAACGACGAGGGCACGCACUACAUCGUCACUCAGCUGGACGACUCCACGCUGCACGUCGAGGAGCCGUCCGGAGAGGAGACCGUCGUUUACUCCGAAGUGAGUCAGGAGUGAAGUUUCUCUCCAUUUGAAGACAGUCACUCAGCUGGACGACUCCACGCUGACCGUCGAGGAGACCGUCGUUUACUCCAAUGUGAGUCAGGAGUGAAGUUUCUCUCCAGCUGAAGACAGUCACUCAGGGUCUUUUCCCAUCACAACGCUUUGUGGGAUUUUUCUUUUUUGAUUCUAUAUGCAACAGGCACAUAGCUGUGAAAUCUUAUUUUAUGUGUGCAAAUGCAACAUAUCCUUAUACUAAGGCUAAUUCAGUUCAAUGUGUGUAGAUGUUUAGAUUACUAAUGAAAGCCU